UAUAACCCAACACUCGUUAGAUCGCUGCAGCUGGACGGCAGAUGAGCUGCGGUGCAGCGUUCGCAACUUUUCCGUGCACCCUGGCAAUCUCAGGACCUUGUUUUUGUAACUCGCUUCUUCUUUUUUUCUUUGCUGUUGCUUUUUUUCCCCAAGAAAAGGGUGGAGAUAUGGUGGAAAGCUAAUCUCUCUUAAAAUCAAUCCGGGGGAAAAAUGCAGAAAACUGUGAGAUAUAAUGAAGGGCAUGCUUUGUAUCUGUCAGUCGUUGCGCGCAAAGAGGGGACCAAACGGGGCUACCUGAGCAAAAAAACUGCCGAAAACAGCAGGUGGCACGAAAAGUGGUUCGCGCUCUACCAAAAUGUCCUUUUUUACUUCGAAAACGACCAGAGCACCAGACCUUCUGGGAUCUAUCUGUUGGAGGGGAGCACCUGCGAGGCAGUCCCUGCGCCAAAAGUGUCAGCAGUGGGCAAAGACACUCUGGAUAAACAGUAUUACUUCAUCAUCGUCUUCGGCCACGAUGGACAGAAGCCUCUGGAGCUGCGCACGGAGGAGGAGACUGACUGUGACGAGUGGGUUGAAGGAAUCCAACAAGCCAGCUACUCCGACAUUAUAAUUGAACGGGAGGUGCUGAUGCAGAAGUACAUCCACCUGGUGCAGAUCGUGGAGACGGAGAAGAUUGCAGCAAACCAACUGCGGCACCAGCUUGAGGACCAGGACACUGAGAUCGAGAGGCUGAAAGUAGAGAUCAUCGCUCUCAAUAAAACAAAGGAACGGAUGCGCCCCUACCAAGGAAACCAAGAAGAAGAAGAUCCAGAUAUUAAGAAGAUUAAAAAGGUCCAGAGCUUCAUGAGAGGCUGGCUGUGCAGGAGGAAGUGGAAGACGAUCGUCCAGGAUUACAUCUGUUCCCCCCACGCUGAGAGCAUGAGAAAGAGGAACCAGAUCGUCUUCAACAUGGUGGAGGCGGAGACAGAGUAUGUGCACCAGCUCUACAUCCUGGUCAACUGCUUCCUGCGGCCCCUCCGAAUGGCAGCCAGCUCCAAGAAGCCGCCCAUCUGCCACGACGACGUCAGCAGCAUCUUCCUCAACAGUGAGACGAUAAUGUUUCUACAUGAAAUAUUUCACCAAGGACUGAAGGCAAGGAUCGCUAAUUGGCCUACGUUAAUUUUAGCUGACCUGUUUGACAUUUUACUGCCAAUGUUGAAUAUCUACCAAGAGUUUGUGCGCAACCACCAGUAUAGCCUGCAAGUCCUGGCCAACUGCAAGCAGAACCGAGACUUCGACAAGCUGCUGAAGCAGUACGAGACCAAUGCUGCAUGCGAGGGGAGGAUGCUGGAGACCUUCCUCACCUACCCCAUGUUCCAGAUACCCCGGUACAUUAUCACUCUUCAUGAGCUCCUCGCCCACACCCCACACGAGCACGUGGAGCGCAAGAGCUUGGAAUUCGCCAAGUCCAAACUGGAGGACCUGUCCAGGGUAAUGCACGAUGAAGUGAGUGACACUGAGAACAUCCGCAAGAACCUUGCCAUCGAGAGGAUGAUCGUGGAGGGCUGUGAUAUACUGCUAGACACCAGCCAAACGUUUGUACGGCAAGGUUCUCUCAUCCAGCUCCCCUCGGUGGAGAGAGGCAAGCUCAGCAAGGUGCGGCUGGGCUCCCUGUCCCUGUCCCUGAAGAAGGAAGGGGAGAGGCAGUGCUUUCUGUUCACAAAGCACUGCUUGAUUUGCACCAGGAGUUCAGGGGGAAAGCUGCACCUGCUUAAGCAAGGUGGAGUUUUGUCUCUGAUUGACUGUACUCUAAUUGAAGAGCCUGAUGCAAGUGAUGAUGAUGCAAAAAGUACUGGCCAAGUCUUUGGGCAUCUAGAUUUUAAGAUUGUGGUGGAGCCCACAGACACCCCCUCAUUUACAGUCGUCCUAUUGGCUCCUUCACGACAGGAGAAAGCAGCGUGGACCAGCGACAUCAGCCAGUGCAUUGACAACAUACGCUGCAAUGGCUUGAUGACCAGUGUGUUUGAAGAAAACUCCAAAGUCACUGUGCCUCACAUGAUCAAAUCCGAUGCUCGUCUCCAUAAAGACGAUGUUGACAUUUGCUUCAGCAAGACGCUCAACUCCUGCAAGGUUCCUCAAAUCCGCUAUGCCAGCGUGGAGAGGCUGCUGGAGAGGCUGACAGACCUGCGCUUCCUUUCCAUCGACUUCCUCAACACCUUCCUGCACACCUACCGCAUCUUCACCACGGCCGCCGUUGUCAUGGAGAAGCUGGCAGAUAUCUACAAGAAACCCUUCACCUCCAUCCCCAUCAGAGGACAAAACUGCUCAUCUGACCGAUUGUCUGUAACCUCCAUCUGCCCAGACCACAGUUUGAAGAUUGCAAGGCUUUCCCUGGAUCAGUCAAAGUCCCUGGAAUUAUUCUUCGCCACAAACCAGAACAGCCGAGGCGAGCACCUGAACGACGUCAAAUCCCCCCGCCUGUCCCGGAAAGUGUCUUCCCCUCCUCCUCUCUCCAUCUCCCGGACCUCUUCCCCGGUGAGGACCAGGAAGCUUUCUCUCAAUUCCCCAGUGAACUCCAAGGUGUGCGCUCUGGACCUGUCCACCUCCUCUAUAGCCAGCAGCCCCACCUCCACCUACAACCCGGCCACAUCGCCCCCACCUGCCCCUACCAAGACCCCUCUGGACCUCAGCCGAGCGCCUUCCUUUCCGGAGCAGAGUCCCGGGGCUGUAGAGGAGAGCUCGGAGCUGCCCCGCAUUGACCAGUGCGGGAAGUUGAGGAGGAGCAUACGGAGAGCAGCUGUGCUGGAGUCGGUGUCCCUGGAUAAGUUCACCCCCGAGAGCCCCCAGGCGAGUGAGGCUGGAGACAUCUCCCCCUGCAGGUCCCCCUCCACCCCGCGACACCUCCGCUACCGGCAAGGGGUCCAAUUAGUUGAAAAUGUCCGCUGUUCUGUGUCCCCUGCUUCAGCGUUUGCCAUCGCCACGGCAGCGGCAGGCCACGGGAGCCCGCCAGGGUUUAACAGCGCAGAGCGAAUGUGUGACAAAGACUUCAUAAUCCGCAGAGCUGCUACCAACCGAGUUCUGAACGUUCUCCGGCACUGGGUCUCCAAGCAUUCCCAGGACUUUGAGAUGAACGGAGAGUUGAAAAUGGGAGUAAUCUGCCUGCUGGAGGAGGUGUUACGAGACCCAGACCUACUACCACAAGAAAGGAAAGCAACUGCUAAUAUAUUAAGCGCCCUUUCUCUAGAUGACCAGGACGAUGCUCAAUUAAGGAUAGAAGACAUUCUUCAGAUGGCAGAAUGCCCCACAGUUGAAUGUUUCGAGAGUCUUUCAGCCAUGGAGCUUGCAGAGCAGAUCACCCUACUGGAUCACAUUGUUUUUCGUAGCAUCCCCUAUGAGGAGUUUCUUGGCCAAGGGUGGAUGAAGGUGGACAAGAAUGAACGAACACCCUACAUCAUGAAAACCAGCCAGCACUUCAAUGACAUGAGUAACCUUGUUGCCUCCCAGAUCAUGACGCACACUGACGUGGGCUCCCGGGCCAACUCCAUGGAGAAGUGGGUGGCGGUGGCCGAUAUCUGCCGUUGUCUGCACAACUACAACGGGGUGCUGGAGAUCACCUCAGCGCUCAACCGCAGCGCCAUCUACAGGCUCAAGAAGACAUGGGCCAAGGUUUCCAAGCAGACAAAAGCACUUAUGGACAAACUUCAGAAGACUGUGUCAUCUGAAGGAAGAUUUAAAAACCUCAGAGAAACUCUUAAAAACUGUAAUCCCCCCACCGUUCCCUACCUGGGAAUGUAUUUAACAGACCUAGCAUUUAUAGAAGAAGGGACCCCUAACUUCACUGAGGAGGGCCUGGUAAACUUCUCCAAGAUGAGAAUGAUAUCCCAUAUCAUUAGGGAGAUACGACAGUUCCAGCAGACACCCUACAGGAUAGAGAACCAACCAAAGGUCACUCAGUACUUACUUGACAAAACCCUCAUCAUGGAUGAAGACACCCUUUACGAUCUGUCCUUAAAGAUUGAGCCACGGCUUUCAGCGUGAGCGCAGCCUUCUCCUUGGGGCUUCCGACUGGGAGAGUGAGAGCGCUGGGUGCAGAACGGGGCAUGCCAAGCCCUUCGGAUUGCAAGGGAGGGAAGAAAGAGAAGAGAGAGAGACAGGAAUCCUUUCCGACGAGACGCACAGAAAGAUCCCCUCAUUGAAGAUGGUGGUGGGGAUUGAGGUGGAAACAUGAGAACUGCAUGACUGGGAGCAUGGAACAAUUUCCAGGUUACUUCGUUGAAGAAAACACUAACUCAAUUUGUUUCAAAUGAAAGUGACUGUUAGUGUAAAAGAAAGAUUUACAAAUGGUCCAUCGCGUGGAGUAGAGAGAGGAAAUGUAGCUUUCUGGGUGUUCAAACACUGACCAAUCAGCUCGAUGCAGACAAUGCAUUAUAGCACACACGUCAUUCCACCUUCUGGAUAAGCCCUGCAUCGUCACACAGAUAUAUCAUGUUUGUAAUUUGGUUCAAGCUGUGGAUUUCAGUGAGGGCUUUCUAGUAUUUAUUUCAUGCUACGAUUCCUCUUACACUUUUAUUUUCAGUCCCUCGUAGUUUGCAUAGACUAACAGAAACAAGACCGCAAAGGGUUAAAAGAAAGCAUAGCAACACUGUGUUUGCUGUUACUGUUAUUCUUGUUUCCCAUCCCAAAUCUCUGGUCGUCUUUGCCCAGUUGCCCCUUUGAAUAUUUCUUAUACUGUACAAACAUACAAGACAUAAAGGUCCACAUUGUAAAAUUACAUGGACAAAAAGCAGCAGCCAAGUUCAUAUUAGGUUAGUUAGCUACCUUGUAAUGAAACUAACUUUCCAGAUAGCAUUGUUGUUUUUAUUUAUUUUUUUUAUAAGCAAUGAAGUCAAGUAAUUUAGCCUCUCAGCUAAUGCAUUUAUAACUGAAGUAGGUCUGCAUGAGUUUAUUGUUGGUUUAGUUGAGAGUAGUUGUUGUUUAUUGUUCUUGAUCACGAUGUUAUAGAAGUUUGAAGGAAUCAUUUAAAACUCUUGAAUUUGUAUAAUAUUUUAUAUUUAUUUAUCCCAUGAUACGUAACGUGUUUCUAAUCAUAAUGUGUUACUGUUUCUGAGCAAGCCAGAGCAAAGUGGAAUUUCUGUAAUGAGGCCAGUAUAAAAACUCAGUGUGCUGGUCAUUUCUUCCUCCCUGAAACAGUAUUCUUCUUUUAAAGAUUUGCAAUGGAAAAUAUCUAACUCACUCACUGUUUCAGGGGGAAAGAAAUGACAGAUGCACAACCUCACUGUUGCUUUUUAAACUGGUCUCAUUACAGAAAUCCCAUCUUACUCUGGCUUGCUCAGAGACAGUCCCAAAGCUAAAAUAUAUCAAUGGCUUUAUUAAUUAUGCAAAUAUUUGUUAGUGCAGAAACAGUAAGAAAUGGUGAUUAAGAGAUUAUGGGAUGGCUAACAUUCUACAGAUUAUGAUAGCUAAAGUGAAGUAUUCCUUUAAGUAACAAAAGUGUCACUCUCAUAGUCUGGCUGUCUACCUACUACAGACAACCACAAAGACAGUUUACAUGUAGAACAGAGGCAUUCAGCCAAUACAACAUCCCCCUGGUGGUGCUUCACAGGUAGAGAUCACAGGAAAACAAUUGCUGUAUAGUAUCCAGCACUACUGACAUUUUCAAAUCCUGCCCUUUGCUAAAUGUUAAGAUGCCACACAACCCAGGGCUUCCUGGCCAUGAAUGUAAAUGUGGAGGCAUUUGAGCAGCCCUGUUACGUGCAAGGAAACUAGAACAGAGGAAUUUAAAAACAGAGAAUAUAAUGCAAAAGCAAACCAGACCGUUGAGCACAUUGCAUCCACCACAGUGACACGAAGACGUUUCUUCCAGGUCUGUGGUUCUGUGGUUAAGAAUACGUUGCUCUUGGAGAGGGCACAUAAAUAGGGAAAUACACCGCCUUGCUUACUAAGUGCUGUUCAGUCUAUCAAGUUGGAAUGAUCUGUUCAUUUUCAAUUGCUAUCAAUACUACUAAUAACUGCACAAAAACAGCUGCUUACAAUAGAGUGCAUGCCCAAUGUUUGCUUAGCAUGCAGUGUAUAGAUAAACACAUCAGCAAAUACAUACUGGUACUAACACAAUGCACUCCAAACAGUUAACCAGCCCCCUCAAUCUGUAGAAUUGUUCUGGGUCUCUGAGCCUCAGGGAAGAACAGGUGCCCUAAGGUGUUAGCAAGGUACAGCUACGAUAGGAAACAAUCUCCCAUGUUUAAACGUUCAUGCUGUCUACUACUGACAAGCACUAUAGAGUCAAGAUUACCAACAUUGAAAUUGCAGCCCGUUUUUUCUUUCUGGUGAGAAAUGAAAAAUGUUUAUGCAGGGCUUUUUAAAACACUGGUUGCAUAUUACUUUUGUUGUUGUAGACCCGUACUGUAACUUUAAUUAAAUUCCCUUUUGCAUAAACCCCUUUCAGUUUUGACAAGUGAAACUAUGCACAAGUAAGACGUUCUACACAAACCUUUUGUGGUGACUAGUUAACGCUUAGAUUAGUGGAACUUUGUGUGUGAUGCCAUAAGAUGCUGCUGCAGCUCUGAUGUGUGUCAUCCCUGUGUGGAAGAGCAGCAUUGCACAGAACACAAACUUCUACCACAGAAGGGGAGAACAUAGGCUUAUACCAACAGGAGUCAAUAUGAACCCUGGACUGCCAACAAACUCUGGUUUGAUGGCCGCAUGGCCGGAGCUGGUACAUAGGGGAGCGAGUAACUUGCUAAUGCAUUUCAAACCUUAUCAUCACUGGAAUUGUCAUAGCAAUCCUUCAGUUGGUGACCAGUGUAAUGACUGGAGUACUGUACAUGCAGUUUCUAGAGAGGGGAGGAAGACAGCACUAAUAGUUACAGAGUUACAGUAAUGUUCUGUAUGGCUUCAAGUCCGGGAGCUGUCAUGAACAGAGGACCCAGCAAAACAAUAUUGGAGUGGACACCAGCCUUGUUUCUGAUAAAACGUUCCACACUGGCUGACCCUACUCACACCACAAGAGGGUGGUGUUUGCUUACAAAGUACAGAGGAUGACUCUUCAGCCUGCAGGCUUCCUCCUCUUCUGCUGCUUCACACUGAUGUUAAUCUCUUUGACUGCAGGAUAACUGUCAGCACCUGACGCAACCAUGACAAUCAUGACAACUGAAAAGGCUGUUGUGCUUGAUUGGCAUUCAUUUAUAUAUAAAUUACAAAGGCAGGGUCAUUCUAGCAACCGUUCUCUGUUGUGCACUGCCAUUUGCUAUAUAGGUUUCAAAUGUGCCCCUAUGAAAUAUAAUAUAAUAAACCAUUUUAUUAUAAAACAUGAUAUCUGG